CGUACACCCCGGACUGGCGCAUGACCCUCAAGACCAUCCGUAACGGCGUGCACCGAAUCGACGUCUACCUCAACGCCGCCCUGGACCUGCUGGGCGGCGAGGACGGGCUCUGCCAGUACAAGUGCGGCGACGGAUCAAAGCCUUUUCCACGUUAUGGAUAUAAGCCUUCACCACCGAAUGGAUGUGGAUCGCCAGUAUUUGGAGUUCAUUUUGACAUUGGUAUCCCCUCAAUGACAAAGUGCUGUAAUCAACAUGAUAGAUGCUAUGAUACCUGUGGCAGUAAGAAAAACGAGUGUGAUGAACAGUUUCAGUAUUGUCUCUCCAAAAUCUGCAGAGAGGUACAGAGAACAUUGGGAAUAUCAGAAAGUGUACAGGCCUGUGAAUCAACCGUUCAGCUGGUGUUUGAUGCAGUCAUACAUUUAGGAUGUAAACCAUACCUGGAUAGUCAGAGAGCUGCCUGUAUGUGCCAGUAUGAGGACAAGAGAGACCUUUAAAAGAAGAUACCAGAAACCUUACGAACUAGAACUGUGUGAAAGGCUCAGCCCGAGCAAAAGAACCAGCAUUUUGUUACAAGCUGUUUUAUUUCAUUUUUGUGAAGUGUAAUGUUGGUAUGAAAGUGGAUCUGUUUUCACAGGGACAUUGGGUCUUUUUUUUUUCCCUCAUUUUAAAAUGUGUGUCUGCUUAAGCCGUCCGUUCUUGAAGCUUGUUACUGAAAGCAGCAUCCUUCUGUACUUCCACACAAGCUUCUGGUAGGGCUGUUGAUUGAAUGCUACUGAAAAUUACUGAUGCCUUUUUACUUAAAACAACUCUGCACACAUUUGGUGAGAAAUGUAUUGGGAACGUGAAAACAGUACAGACUUCAGGCUUUUUUUUUUUUUUUUUUAAUAGGUCAAAUUUGGAGGUUAAGCAGGCCUUAAACAUCUAGUGUAUCUUUGAAAGGAUCUUGCGAGUUCAAUAUUUGAUCUUAAAUGUUUUGCACUUUUAAGCUGUUGGUGGAAUAUUACUGUGAUUAACUGACUUCUGUUUUUCUACUUUGAUUGUAUACCUUGCCAUGUUUGAAUUGACUAGAUGAAACCCUUUAGUGAUGACAUACAAUUAAGCCAAAGAGCCUUACUGUCUGCUUAUAUUCCCAGCUUACUCUGCAGCACUUCUCAGAUCCAUGUGGGAUACUUUCAAAGCUUGUGUUGCAAAACCGGACAGUUUACAGCCGAAAAAUAUGCAAGGUGACACUUGAUCUGAUGAUGCUGAAACACAGCUGUAAUUUUAUAAUUAAUUUCAAAUAGAUGGUAUUUUUAGAUCAAAUGUAAUUAUUUUUGAUUAUUUCUAACAGGUAUAUUUGUUUAUACAUAGCAAAAGAUACAUCUUGGUCUGUUCAGAGGGUGAUUUAUAUUUGUGUUGUGUUGACUAUGUUACUGUCUUCAUCUCUUGGCUACUCUUCACCUUAUCUAUAUUCUUUUUCAUAAAAAAUUAAAAAUAUUUUCAUAACUUGCAGUCUCUCAGUGUUUCCAUCUAGUUGGACAAAUGUGCUAAAGACAUCUUCAUGUAAUUGUAUUCCUUCUACAGAGUUAACAGAUCUUUGAUUCCUAACUGUUCCCUCUGGGACAUAAACAGCUUAUUUAGUUUAACCGACCUGAGCUAUCUGUAGUAGGUUAUUUUGUUUUUUUUAAAAAGCAAGAACUUCACCAAGAAAUUUAUGAUAUUUCUUUUUAUCUGCAGCUAUCAGACUUUUGUAAGGUGUUUGAUAUCAACUUCCAAAUCUAUGACCAGUUAUCAGGUAUUGUUGCUCAAUGUGCGACCCCAUUUGGGCAUUUGUGAAGAUUGCAAUUUUUGAUUAAAUGCUGUGCUGUUUGUUGGAUACCACAUUUGCGCAAGGGGCUGUCCAAGAUGUUCAUCUUUUAUAAAGUGUUGUUUUGAAGCAUCAUCCAGAUCUCAGUCUGUUCAUAUUGACCCAUGCUUCUCUGUCAAGGUUGUACCUGAUGGAGGACUUGUUUGGUGUUGGUAUAAUAUGCUGUAGGAAUAGAUGUAACCUUUUCUAGCAAUAGGUCUACUCCAUUGCUGCCCAUAGGUUCACUUUAAUAUCUUCCAGGAGCUUCUGGACUUCAUGUACAAAUGAUUUGUGACUUCUAAGCCUCUUAAGCUUCCAUCUGUUUGAGUCUUCAGUUAACAUGGGGUAUGUGACUUUUUCAUCAUCUCUUGCCUCUUUUGCCAGUAAGGAUGUUAGGGUGUGUCUUCUUAUAUCACUUGUUCUAAUGCUUAAGAAUAUGGGGAGUACAUCUGCAUCUGUGUUAGGUUUUGCAGCCUGUUGUGAGUCAUGGUGCACUGUUUAAGUAGUGUUGAAUGUCAAGCUUUCUAAUGUAACAACUUCUGAACCAUACAGGAGCACAAUAUCCUGCUGGGGUAUAUACCAUUGCAAGUACGGUGGUUCUGAGCACUUUGAAGUUGGCACCCCAUGUCAGGCUGGCUAAAUAUCUUAAGACAACUACCCAUGCAGAAACUUUACUGACCUUCUGGAUGUGACAUUUAUAGGUGAGGCAAUGGUCUGAUAAAACUCCUAGGUAGGUUGGGGUAUACUCAUGGGGAAGGAUAUAGUAACCUACUCUGAUAUUUUGGCAUGAUCUUGGCUCAGCGACUGUCCAGGUGGAAGAGUGACAAUAUCGAUUUUAUUGAUGCUCAACUUUAAGCACCACUUGUGAAGAUUAGCCAGCGUUGAGUUCCAUGUCAGUAUCUUUUCCAGUUCUGUCAUGUCUAUUCCUUGAGCUACUAUGGCAACCUUUUCAGUGUACAUGUAUCAAUCAGACUUACUGAUAACUUGCAACAAAUCCCCGUGUCUCUGCUAAGACUUCAACUUUCACUUCAAGUUCUGUUUUAAUUUUUUUUUACUCCACUUGUUUGUGGAAUCCUAAUGUACACUAUUUCCUUGAAAGACGAAGGGAAGCAAACAGCCUAAAAUUGCUUGAUGAGUUGGGCUCAAUUCUGUUAGUGCUUUUCUUUGAUUUAUAGAGUGAUUGAGUAACUGACAUCUACUUACUUCCUCUGGAAUUAGGACAGUUUUUUUUAAGUGCCUACUAAGGUAUUAUGAGUCAUGUUUUCAGAAACUUCUGCUUUGAAAAUGUUUUCUAAUGCAUGGUGUGAUACAGUGCAUCUUGCUGAUACAGAAGUGUUCCUACAAAAAGAGGGUUAAACAGUUUUUUUAUUCUGUGUGUGUUUAUUUUUUAAAUGUAUGGUGUACUGUGGCUUACUAGGAUUGUAUGCGUUAUAAUUUUUAAUUCCAGCAUGUUAGUUUAUUAAGCAUUUUGCCCUCUUAAAAUUGGAGAAGAUGACAGAGUGCUUUGGAAUAGCUGAGUUUAGGUUUCUAACUUAAUUUAUUCAGAGCUAAUCUGCCUGUUGCCAGUUCCCAGACUAUCAUCCAUACCACAGCAGUGAGCAAGAACACAGAAGCUGCCUCAUGUAAAACACCUAUUUAAUCAAAACAAUGAAUAUCUGUUAUAGUUAUAAACUAAGUUGGAUAUGUAAGAUCUUAUUCGAUGUGCUUGACUAGGCAUAUAAAGAGUUGAGGGCCUGUCUACUACUGCAUCCUGCAGUUGCUAUGUGAAAGCAUUUCAACAAACAAAAGGCAAUAUCAGAAUACUUUGUGGGGGGGAAAUACCUUCAAUACUGGUAAAUAGUAAGUGAAUGUUUUAGUGGCUUGAAAAACUGCCUGCAGAGCAAAGGUAGCCUUUCAUUUAUUCUGGAGUCUGAGAAUUUCUGCUCACAGGGACCACGUUUUUGUUCUAACAUGUAAUCAACAAUGAGUUGAGACUCAUUUUCAGAUUCAAGGCAUCCCUCUGAAGAUACCAGCUCUUAGGUUUUGCAAUUUUUGACUGGAAAAAAUAAUAAGAGCAAUUAUAUUUUGUGGCAAUAAACUCAGACCACAACAGCUCAGAAUGCUUUUAAUACAAUGGGUUCCUACACACAAUUUCUGGGGUUUAUCUUGUAAGUUAUGUGUAAGUGUUUGUACACCUAAUGCUGCUAAUGUUGUAUGGUACCCUUAAAAGGAUCUCUCAGCACCCCAGGAUGUCAUGGCAUCCUGGCUGAGAAUCACUGCCAUAAAAAAAUACCAAAACAGAAAACACAAGUUAGUUAAAGUUACCUCAAAUCGUUUAAUAACAUAGUUAACUAAAUUCCCUGCUGUUCCCUACUUGCAAAUAGUCAAGAGUAAUGCUAAUUGAUUAAGGACACCCUUUUUUCUUCAAGUUGAGGCAUGAAUCUAAAUUCCACACAAACUAGCUAGAAUGUGGAAUGUAAAUAUUUUGUGGAAAAUAUUUUCCAUAGAGUUGAAACUAUUUGAACAAGGCCGAGCUCGUUCCCCUUUUCAGGAGAUCCAAGAAGUAGUUGCCUGCCAAGAUACAAAAACAAAAUACUACAAGAAGUCCAAUAGCAUUUUAGUUCAUGUGGUAUCUAAUAUUUUAAUCCUGUGCUUCAGUCCCUGCCCGUGUUUUUUGGGUAGGUUCUAGGCCUGUUUUAUCUCAUGCUAAACCAAAACGCAUAGCUCCCUGAGGCAUUAACAAUCAUGCCUGUCUGCUAUAAACCAUUUUAAACCUGUCUAUCAACAUUUCUAGGCUUUACUAAAAUAUUGCUUCCCUUUUAUUAGUUCAAACUGGAAAAUACUGACACAUUUGGUACAGAAAUUGACAUGCCUAGUAGCUAUACUGGCAGUUUUAAAAAUGUAUUACACAUAGGGUACAUCUACACAUGCAAUUAGCGCACAUGAAUAAGCGCUGGAGUUUUUUACACCCAGGCAUGCUGUUUGAACAUGUGCUCAGGCACAAGCUGCUCCAGAGUUUAUUCGUGCGCAGCACAUGAAACCUGGUUGGAGCAGCCCUGGCUCAUAGGGGGCCAGCCUGGGCUCAGUGUGCU